UUCCGGGUUGACUCACACAUGCUCACCAGUCCGCAAGUUUUUGGAAAGUGAACGCCGGUUUUACAGUUUGUAGUUUGUUUUGAGUAGUUAACUCCUAAAUACUGUACAGAAGUCACUGCAGCAAAGAUGGCCGCUUCCAUCGGGAUCUCCUUCGGCGCAACUUCGGCUUGUCUGGCCACACAAAAGGAUGGCAAGGCGGAUGUGGUAGCAAAUGAAGACGGACAGCGUGUGACUCCUGCCAUGGUUGCCAACACAGACACGGAAAUGGUUGUCGGCUUAGCAGCUAAACAAGGUUGGAUCAGAAAUGCUGCCAACACCAUAACCAAAGUGAAACAAAUUCUGGGGAAAAAGUUUGCUGACCCAGCUGUGGAACAUGCUGUGAAGACAAGCUCCUGUAAGAUUGUUGAAAAGGACUCCAACCCAAUGUAUGCCGUGCAGCAUAAUGGGAAAACCAAGCACUUCUCCCCUACACACAUCACUACUGUGAUAUUUCGCAAACUCAUGGAUAUCGCCCAGUCUAAGGAGAUGAGUGGUGGGAAGAAUGCUGUUGUUGCUGUUCCGCUGAACUUUGAUGAACAGCAAAAAGAUGCUGUGAGACGAGCUGCAACAGAAGCAGGGUUCCACGUGUUGAGAACCAUUCCGGAGCCUGUAGCUGCUGCGUAUGCUCACAACAUUGGACAGGAAAGCCCCAAGGACAGCAGAGUUGCGCUGGUGUAUCGAGUAGGAGGCAGCAGUAUUGACGCCACAGUCCUGGCUGUGAGUGGGGGGAUGUACCGAGUGUGUGGAUGUGAGUGGGGGGAUGUACCGAGUGUGUGGCUAGUUGCACUGGUGUAUCGAGUAGGAGGCAGCAGUAUUGACGCCACAGUCCUGGCUGUGAGUGGGGGGAUGUACCGAGUGCUGGCCAGCGUCAGACGGGACCAUCUGGGUGGAGACCAGCUCAAUAGGAUCAUAGUGGACUACUUUGUACAGGAAUUUAAAAGAAAGUGGAAGGCUGACGUGACGGAGAACACCAGAGCCAUGGCCAAGCUGAACACGGAAGCAGAGAAGGCCAAACAGAUCCUGUCCACCAUGCCGAAGGCUAGCUGCCAUGUGGAGUCCCUACAUGAAGGCAUAGACUUCCAGUGUGACAUCUCCAGGGCCAGAUUUGAGUCCAUCGCCCUGAGUCUGUUACAGCAGUGCCUGGAGCCUAUAGAGGAGGCCAUCUCUCAAGCUGAGGUCAAGAAACAGGCUAUCAAUAUGGUUGUAUUGUGUGGAGGCUCUACUAAGAUCCCUAAGCUGCAGAAGCUGGUUCAGGAUUGUGUGCAGCAGGCCGAAGUGCUGAACUCUGUAUCACCUGACGAGGUCAUCGCCAUGGGAGCAGCCAAACAGGCAGCCCUGUUGUCUGGGAAAGGAGAGGAGAAUGCAUUGAAUGAAGCCAUUGCAGAAAUACCCAGUACAGCAAGAGCUGUUAUGCUGAAGGUAUGUUUCUUAUCAGACAAGGAGGAUCUUUAUCUGUAUCUAUCUACAGUAGAUGACUCUGGCAGUCCUGUGCUGAAGACCUUGGUGCCUGCCCGGUCACCCAUCCCCCUCCACUGUCAGCACACGUUCCCUGUCUCACAACAACUCUCAGCCUGCUGUGUGGAGCUGUAUGAAGGGGAGCAGGACGACACAGUGGAGAAAGCAGUGCUGUUAGCUAAAAUUGUUCUGAGUGAUCUUCCAACAGGAGAUGAUGAUGUAAAGGUAGUCUCAGUUGUGCUGCACUUUCGAAGGGAAGGCAGUCUUCACGUCACCUGUACUGAGAAGUGCAGCGGCCAGGCUGAUGAUGUCACUAUUGAAUGUGCUACGGAAUGACCACACAAUUCAUCAUCAAACGUCUAAAGAACUGACUCAAAUCUCUGAA